UUUUAGUGCUUUCGUUUUUUUAAAAUACUUCCUUAUUGUUUAUGAUAUUUUUCAUUAUUGUCAUAGUUUUUCUCUUCUCUUCUGCUAUUUUCCUAUAUAUAUUUUAUAAGCUCAAUAAAGCCUUUAAUUCUCAGGGCUUGUCUUCAUUUCUUUAACACUACGGGACCAUAUAACUGAAAAUUACAAACAAUUUAUAUAAAGUUCCUCUUUACCAUCUUGUAAGACACUGAAAGCUGUUAAAUGUAUCACUUAAUCCGAGAUCAUUAUUAUUUUUUAAAUUAUGUUCUCAUUUAUGUGACUAUGUCCCAAUCAGAAUAAAAAACUUUGAACUGAAAUAAGAGCAGCGAAGUGACAUCGAGUGACAAAAGAAUCAACUUGAUAACUUGAGUGUAUAUAGACUCAAGUAAUAAUUAUUCAAUCGAGUACGACUUUGAAAAAUUUACUCGAAUAAAACAGGAUCCAGUGCAACGCUAGUCUUUGGUUUGUUGUUUUUGAAUAUGUUUUGAAUGGAUGGAACGUUCAAUCGUUUAAAAAUAUUUUGUGAUUCAAUUCAAGAACACGAAUAACGUUUCAGAUCGACGAGAAAGAGUGUAAAUUUGAAUUUAAUUUAUAUAAAUUAGAAUAUAUAAUGAUAAGUGAUAUAAUUUCUUAACGGUCCUAAAACGGAAUUCGAAAAAUAUUAGCUACCAUAGAAAAGGUAAAAAAUUAUUGUCACAUUUGACAAUUAGUGUCUUCAUUCAUAACCUCAAAACCAAAACAGUAUUUGAAACAAGAUUUAUUAUUAAUUUAAAAAUGUUGGUUUAAGAUGCCGAGUGUAAUAAGCAGCAGUGUUGACGUAACUAGGCCAGUCGACAGCAGCAAAAUGCAACUCGAAUGCUUAGAAUUAGCUGGUUGCACCCUUGACCGGUACAUUAGUUCUGAUAAUUCGCGCCCUUCGUUUUUAGAGGUCACUGGUAUAGCAGCCCAACGCAGUCCAACAUGCAGUGGUCUAAAUGCUGGAGAUUACCGAAAUUUAGCUGCCUUAUUGAAUCAUCCAAAUUUAUCACAACUGAAGAUAUUGAACAAAGUUCCAUUACCACCAGAAAUAAUGGAACAUUUUGCUCAUAUGCAGUGUCAUUGCUUGAUGGGAGUAUUUCCAGAAAUCAGUCGUGUCUGGUUAGCAAUAGAUAGCAAUAUUUAUGUGUGGGCCUUUGAACAUGGCUGUGAUGUUGCUUAUUUUGAUGGACUAGGUGAAACUAUUGUCAGUGUGGGUCUAGUCAAACCUAAAGUAGGAGUGUUUCAGAGUUUUGUUAAGUAUCUGUUAGUGUUGACUACUACAGUCGAGAUUGUUGUUUUGGGUGUCACAUUUUCGUCUAGCAAGAAUGAUGGGUCAACUGAAUUCCAGGAGAUACACUUAGUACCUGAACCAGUAUUUGUUUUGCCAACUGAUGGAAUAUCAAUGAUGUCUGUUAAAUCAACUGCAAAUGGACGAAUUUUUAUGGGAGGCAAAGAUGGUUGCUUAUAUGAAAUCACAUAUCAAGCUCAACUUGGAUGGUUUGGGAAACAUUGCAAAAAAGUUAAUCACUCUACAAGUGCCUUAUCAUUUUUGGUCCCUUCAUUUCUCAAUGCUGCUUUGUAUGAUGAAGAUGCAAUAGUGAAAAUUGAAGUUGACAACUCUCGAAAUAUUUUGUAUACUUUGAGUGUAAAAGGUUGCAUCGAAGUAUUUGAUUUAGGUGCAGAUGGUGAAGGUCUUAGCAAAGUUGUGAGAUUAACACAAGGGAAAAUUGUUUCAUCUGCUGUAGAUAUUGUCAAAACAUUAGAACCUAAUAAUUUCAAACCUGUGGUAGCAAUUUCUGCUGUUGAUGAAUCUGAAUCGGAACACUUGAAUCUAGUUGCUGUUACCCAGACUGGUGCAAGAUUGUAUUUUAGUACUGGAAGUGGGGAUGCGAACCAAGGCUGUCAUCAAAGGCCGCAGUAUCUGACUCUGUUGCAUGUGAGACUUCCACCUGGGUUCACUCCCAACGCGUCAGUACUUAGACCAAAACAAGUUCAUAGUGCUGUGUAUGAAAAUGGUUCACUGGUGAUGGUGUGUUCAGCGGGUGGUGGAGGCGAGGCGGAGACCCUUUGGUGUCUUUCUCGCGUGUUACCAGGUCCUGGGUUCAGUGAAGCACAUACCAUAUUAGCGUUAGACGGACCUGCUUGGGCUUUAACGGCAUUACCACCGCAACAUUCUGCACAUUUGUCCCAAGCACUCCGUCCAAAGAAAGAGGUGUGGAGUGUAUCUCGAUGGGCGGUGGUGACGGGUGCUGGAGCAGCUGUACUAGCGGCGGGGGCGGCGCCCGAUAUACUGCGGACGUUGUUGCGCGACUGCAGAGGACCGGAUGCACAUCCGGUCAAGGAUUUCUUCCAGCUGCAUAGCGUGGAGCAAGCUUGCGCAUGCGCGUUAUAUCUAGCCUGCGAGGAUACAACGUCCAGUGACCUCACAGUGAGCGAGUGGGCGACUCGCGCCUUCUUCCUAUAUGGAACCCAGACUAUACCGACGCCUAUAUAUCAACAACAGCAACCAUCGCAAAUAGCGUCUACUAUAGGAUCACCUAAGUUCUCACCUCGUCAAAUGUCAACACCGAUGUCCAUGAGAGGGCCUCAAGGGCAAAUUCAACCGAAAAUGAAUCAAUCAUACCAGCAUGGUGGCAUGAAUCAGUCAUUCCCUGGGUCACCGAACCAAUCAAUGAUGCCGCAGCCUUACCAACACAAUAUGAUGAGUCCAACUCCUUUCAACCAGUCUUCGUUCAACAUCACACAGCAGCAGAGAGACCAGAAUUUCCCAGUACAUAUUGAGUACAGCGCUAAACACAAUGGUCUUUAUAUCUACGUCGGAAGGAUACUUGCAUGUGUUUGGAAUCUGAAAUGUGUUUCGAAAUCUCUGACGCCUGAUAAUAAAGAAUUUAUGUCUAGCAACGUGACUGGAGAGGAUUGUGCUUACAUAGUGCAACGGCUACAACGCGUAGCAUCUUUCAUGCAACGUAUCGUCGCGCCGAAGCAUUCGGAUGAACACGCUUCUCUUCACGCUCUCAAGCUAUUCAUUACUAUGGCUAUCGAAAUGCUGAGUCUUUGGAAAGUGUUGUGUGAACACCAGUUCCAUAUGAUUGCGGCCAAUCUACCGCCGGAGCAACAGACUGCCUUACAAGCUGCCAGCUUUAGGGAAUUACUGGUUGGCGGUCAAGAAGUGGCAUGCCUCCUUCUCGGGUCCUUAGUAGCCGGAUACUUGCGCGAUAAUGCAUCUGUAGAUGGCAUAUCGCAGAAGCUAAGACAACUUUGUCCUACGCUAUAUCGACAGGAAGAUGCGACCUGUUCGAAGGCCAAUGAACUCUUAAUGUUUGCAAAACAACAAAAGAAUCCAGCUGAGAAGGAAGAAAUGCUACAGCAUGCUUUGAAAUUAUGCAAGGACGUCGCUCCGAAUGUAAAUUUGCCUCUAGUGUGUUCUAAACUUGUAUCGGCUGGGUUCUAUUCCGGAGUUGUGGAACUGUGUGUGGCGUGCGCCACUAAAAUAGACCCCCAGGACAAAGCGCUCCACUAUUACUAUAGUGAUCAACCCGCGCAGGAUCGCGAUGGUCAUUUGGCAUAUUAUAGAAGGAUGGAAAUAUACCGUGAAGUGUGCAACGCGUUAGAGCGUCUAUAUGAGCGUAGUUCCGAUACUAGCAGCGAACUGUCGCCUUUGCGGUCACAGUCACAGUCUGCGUCAGAGACUAUGCUCACGCUGUCGCCUGCCGAUGCUAACUAUCAAGGUCGCAAACUAGUAUGGGAAUGUUUGUCUUGCGAUGACGAACUACUACAUGUCGCAGUGUACCAGUGGCUCGUCUCCAAACAUUUGGGUUCAGAACUACUGUCUCUGGGUACGGCACCGCCUCCAUCGCUUCGCACUUAUCUUCAGACUGCAGCUCGAAAUGCGCCGCCCGCAACUGCCUUACAUUUACUGGAUCUAUUGUGGAAGGUUCUGGAGAAAUGUGGCGAUCAUCUCGCUGCUGCUAAUGUGCUGGAAGGCCUGGCUACUAGACCCGGUACGGGCGCGAGUCUAGCUCAGCGUAUGUCGUGGUUGUCGGCGGGCGUGGUAUGCGUGCGGGGGGCGGGCGCGGGCGGCGCGGGGGGCGGGGAGCUGCUCCGCCGCUUGGAGGAGGCGGGGGAGGUGGCGCGCGUGCAGGCGUGCGUGCGCGCCGCCGCCGCAGCGCUGCCGAGGGCGCUGCAGCCGCCGCCUAAUGCGCUGCAGCGGCUAGACGACGAGCUGCUAGAAAUCACGCAGUUGUAUGAAGAAUACGCCGACCGUUACAACUUAUGGGAGUGCAAAUUAGCAAUAGUGCAGUGUUCCGGGCAUAAUGAUCCCCUUCUCGUUGAAAACAUCUGGAGUAAUAUAUUGGCGGAGGCAGAAGCGGCCGCAAGAAGUCUGACUACUGCCGAUGAACGUAUGACGUCAGUGCUCAGCAAACUAACCACACUGGGCAGGGAAUAUGUGAACACGGGACACUGUUUCCCAUUAUAUUUCAUUGUACGACAAUUGGAAAUAAUGAGCUGCAAACUGCAAGCCGACAAAAGUAUGGUGUUCAGAACCAUACUGAAUAUUGGCGUUUCAUUAGAGCAAGUUCUAGAGAUUUAUAUCAAAUUGGUUAGUGUGAACGAGCGCGUAUGGCUCGGUUGCGGUGACGAGACGCACGUGUGCGCGGUUGCCGCUCUGCUUUUGGACGCGGCCCGUAGCGAGUUGGCACCGUUGCACGCGGCCGCUCGCCGCCGCGCCCUCGCACGCUGCAAGGACCUGCACGAGGCAGCGCUUUCCUCGCUACAGGCGCGGCCUAAUACCCAACGCCUGAUAGACAAACUUACUGUUGCACAGGCGCACUUAGAUCGCAUGGAUUGA